CGAGCCACAUGUGAAUCAGGUAGUCAGACAGAAUGCACUGCUUCAAGCAAUCCACGGGGGUUAUCAGCCCAUCGUUGAACUGUUACUUAAGGCGGGAGCCAAUCCGAACGACGAAGACGUCUACCAUGGAACCUGCAAUCCUGCCCUUAUGGUGGCCAUCCCGUCCGAAGGGAUUUUUCGAUGCCUGCUGGAAGCUGGGGCUAGUCCUGGUGGGAUGGGUGUGGAAGAAACGACGGUCGCAGCCGUGGUUCUGGGCUCGGGCCGCACUGCACUGGUGCAGAUGCUGUUGGACCGCGAGUUUGACUUGCCGCUGCUCAUGGGCCGGGCCAGCUUCAUUCAUCAAGCCAUUGGAGGCGGACGAGCGGUUUUUGAGCUUCUCCUGCGACAGCAGCGAUGGGACGACCUGCUCCUCCCGGGGUAUCUCCCCAGCAUGGCCUGCGAGCAAGCUUUCUGCGUGGCGGCGAACACCGGCCGAGUGGAAAUGGUGCAGUUUCUGAUCGAUCUGGGGUUCCACACUCGUCUCCCCCGACCCCGACAGAUUGACAGCUUUUACAUGGCGGCCAAAUCCAUGGACAGGCCUGACGCAGACCCAAGCGCCACGAUCGACCUUCUCCUACGAUGCGGCGAGGAUAUCAAUCAAACGGUGGGUGGACACACAGCCCUGGAUCGAGCGGCGCUCAUGCGUAAUCCGAGCUGCGUGCGUCUGCUGCUCCGUCACGGAGCCAAUCCGUUGCCACACAGUGGCACACGGCGGUCGCCGUUGCUUAAUGCUUGCGUGACGCAAAGCAAGGAGGUGGUUGAGGUGCUUUUACAGGCGAUUGACGCAACGGGUACGCCUUUGGAAGUGAUCCGGCCUUACCUCGAAGCGGCGGAGGAAGGGGCGCGAAGCAUGGGCUGGUUGGGGAUUCAGAAAUUCUUGCAACAGUGGUAUUACCGCAGGCUAUAUCCGGCGGAUUCUUAGACCAUUUUCUUGGGGGUUAGAGUCAUAAGAAUACAUUGAUUUAAAAAUCAGCUUAUAGAUAAUCGCACAAGUUCGUUGACACAGAUGGGAGUACCAGCAGCAUGGAAGUAUAGGCCGUAGCUUUGGGGAGUUGACCUCAUCUCAAGGUCAAUGUUCAGCUUCAUCGAAG